CGGGUGGUUCGUAUAGUAGGUCCCAGCGCGUCUCCGUAUCAAAAUCUCGGCUGAAAAGGUGGAAAUUUCAAAAGUUUAAUUACGAUUACGGUUUAAUGUAUAAGUAAGGUGGUUUAUGCGCGACUGGGAACCGAGAAAUUAUUUUUUAUUUAUUUUUUUUUAUAAUUUAGCGAAACGAUUGUAGAUAUUAUUUUUCAGUAAUUUGUCUAUAGUGUAAAUUAUAUUUUUUUUCUAAAAUGGUUCAGUUUGCUGUUAUUAGAAAUUUUCAUAGAUUUUUGGUUGUGUUGCUAUUCAGUCACUUAACAUACAGCCAAGUCAUGUCAAACUCCAGUACUACUACGACAGCCUUUCCUUCAUCUGAGAUGCCUAUCGUUGCGCUUACAGAAAAUAUAGAUUCUGUCAUAACGACUGUACCACCAACUACAACUAUACCUCCGUCAGUUUCAACUGAAAUGCCAACAAUAUCACAAACCAUGUCAACCAGGCCGGUUGAUAUCAGUUGUUUGCCAUUAAAUCUCAUGGGAGAAAUGGAUCACAUUACCCAAGAAGAAUUUACAUCGAAAUUGACGGAUUCGUGUCGUUAUGACAGGCUGAUUAAACCGACGGUACCGGCGACCCUUCCAGUCGAGAUGCAGAUUGAUCUGACUCAUAUUGAAGCGUCAGAUGCUCAGCAGAUGAAAUCUUACAUUUUAGUACAGCUGGGUUACCAAGAUCACAGACUUAAAUAUGACACCUUUUCACCUAAAAGAGGAAGUAUACAGGGUGAGGAACCCCUGAGAAAUAAGAUAUGGGUACCACAUUUAACUGUCAAAAAUGAAAGAGAAUCUGCACUAAUGGGAUUGGACGGAAAAGACGUUUUCGUUCAAAUAGGACCGGAUGGUACCAUACAAUAUAACUACCGGAUGACCCUUACGUUUUACUGCUGGAUGAACCUUAAAAAGUUCCCUUUCGACUAUCAAAUAUGCGAAAUAACUUGGAUAAGUUGGUCAUAUGACACGACAAAUCUUCAACUAACAUGGGCGAAAAAAGACGCUGUACAAAUAUCAAGAAAUUUACACCUGACUGAGUUUGUACUGGAUUCAUUUUGGACUGAGACAGGAACCCAUCCUGCUUCCUUUGCUACUGGUGGUCUUGCAGGUAACUACAGUAUGCUAACCUUCAAAUUCAAGCUGCGGAGAGAAGUGGGAUACUACAUAAUGGACUAUUUUCUGCCCUCCAUGUUCCUUGUGGUAACUUCAUGGGUUACAUUUUGGUUGCAAGCCGAUGCUAGUGCUCCUAGAACUGUCCUAGGUACAUCCACAAUGUUAUCGUUUAUAACUUUGAAUGGUGGGCUUACCAAAAACUUACCGAAAGUAAGUUAUAUCAAGGCUAGUGAAGUGUGGUUCCUAGGAUGUUCGACCUUUAUUUUUUGUUCGAUGGCAGAGUUUGCAUUUGUCAACGUUAUAUGGAGGAGAAAGAAACAAGUGGAAGUAAAAAAAGCAAGCAGCAAAUACAUCUUACGGGGGGCUGUAACUCCAAGUUUCGCAAGGAAACAACAGCUACGCAGAGCUGAAUCCUGUAACAGCUUAUAUAAAACUAGAUCUUGUACUAGUCUGAACGAAGACAGAGAGAAUGAAAGGCAAAUUUGUCAAAAUAACUACCUGACUGUCCAUUCUUUCCCUACGUCAAUGCAAUCGGUUCCCACGAUCAGAAUGUCACACAGCUCAGAUGACAACUUGGUAAAUCCAGAGGACAGUGUGACCACAAUCCCUGUUCCAGAAAAAUCUCCAAAUGGUAAUUCUUAUCAUAAUAGUCCUCAAGGCUGGACAACCAUGUCUCCUCAAGAAGUCGCCAACUGGAUCGACAAAAAAUCCAGGAUAGUUUUUCCGGUGGCAUUUUUAAUUUUCAACUUGCUUUAUUGGAGCUUUGUCUACAAAAAACUAACAAUAAUAAUGAAAAAGUCCCAAGAGAAAGAUAAUAAGAGCAGUCAGGGCUCCGAAUGUCAACAAAAAUCCCGCAGUUUUAUUUCAGUUUCUGAUGCUCUAGGUAUUGUUAAUCCCAGUUUAAUUUCUUCCUCUCCAGUGAGUAGAACAAAGCCUCGGUUUACUAACAAUCCAAAUACUCCAAGUUCCUCCAAAAAGUCAGAGAUUAGAGAAGGUGACAAGUCAGAUAUCCCUAAGAAGAGAAACAGACGCAGGGAAAGAAGAUCUAAGCAUAAAACCGAUGAGGGUUAUCUAGGGGAAAGUCCCAGUUCAUUUAAGCCUUUAAACCAAUCAGGCUAUAUUGGUUCCAGUAAUUUGCCUAAAUUCAUUAAUUCUCCAGUGAAUAUAGCUAGGAAAAUCCCAAAAGAUCUAAGUCAUACAGGUAGUCCUAAAACUAUUGGAAAGAGAUCCACAUCAAGAGAACUACAACAAGACUCAUUAAGUCCAUCAACAAGUUCCAAAAGUUUAAAAACAAAAUUUAACUAUGAAAUUCACCCAAUUCCUAGGCCACAAACUGGAAAAUAUUUUAGAAAAAGGAACAUUAAACAUAAAUAUAUUAAUUUAAGGUCCUUCUUGGGUGAUGCACUCACAUGCCUGUUUAAAACUGAAAGAAUACUCUGUGAGGCUUUUAAAAGCUUGUCAUUAGAUCCCAAAAGAAAAAUGAGCAAGCAUAAAUUUGAAACUAGAGAACCUCUAAAGAAAAGUUCAAUAAAAUCCUUGGGCCAUAAAAAGACUCAAUCAAUUGAAGCCAAUAUUAGUCUAGAGUCAACUCAAGGGGUAAGCCAUAGUGAUGAGAGCCCCAAAAAGAGAAGAUGGCCAAGAAGGGAGAAACACAGAAGGUUGAAAAUAGAAAAAAGAGUGGCCCGAGAAGCACAAGAAUCCUUCUGCCCCAUGAUGUCUCAGGAAGAAGUUGAAAAAGGUUUAAUAAUGGGCGAACUAGUUAAAGGAUUUGUGAGAAUUAACCCAAAAAGUUUUAAAAACUCUUAUGUAAGCAAUAAUGAUUCCACUCAGUCAGAUUAUCAAAUCACAUCAGUGUCAGACAGAAAUACUGCUUUGGAAGGGGACGAAGUGGUUCUAAAGUUAAAACCUGAGGUUGAGGGUCAAAAGUGUGCUAUGGUUGUUUAUAUUUUGCAAAAGGUUCACCCUCGUACCACAAUUGGAACCCUAAAACCGAAUCCGAGCGACCCGGAGUCCGCUCUAUUUUACCCGCGCGAUAAACGCAUGCCUAUAAUGAAAAUACCGUCGGUCAGCUUACCGAACGGAUUUAAAACAAGACCGAAAGCGUUCGAAGGAAUACUUUUUUGUGCCAAACUUUUAGAAUGGCCCCAACCUAAUCAAGCUUUUGGUGUGAUAAUAGAAAACUUAGGCUUAGCGGGAGGGCUUGAAGUCGAAACACGCGCUAUUUUAAAAGAGUUUUGCUUAGAUGUCACCCCGUUUCCUCCAGAGAUGGUGCAGUACCUGCCUAAAUCAAAGGAAAUCCCUGCUAAAGAGCUGCAGCAGCGAGAAGAUAUAAGAAAAGAAUGCGUAUUCACCAUAGAUCCUUUAACGGCAAGAGAUUUGGAUGACGCGGUGUCCGUAAAAGAGCUCCCGAAUGGCAAUUAUGAAAUUGGCGUUCAUAUAUCAGACGCCAGCUAUUAUUUACCUGAAGGUACCGAAUUGGACGAAAUGGUAAGCACUAAAGGUACCACAAUUUACUUGGUCGACUCGGUUUACCAUAUGUUACCGGUCGAACUGUGCCUACAUUGCUCAUUACUACCGGGUGAGGAUAAAUUGGCUUUUUCCGUUUUUUGGGAAAUGGAUUUGCAAGGGAACGUUUACAGUACCAGGUUUGCAAGGACAGUUUUGAACUCCUGUGCUCAGCUAGCGUACGAACAUGCUCAACAAAUGAUUGAAAAUCCCCACAAGGAAUUCCAAAACGAAGAUCUUCCCAAAAUCUUGAACGAUUUCACGGCAAAAGACCUAAGCAAAACCGUUAACGUCCUUCAAAAAAUCGCAAUAAACUUACGGGAGGGCAGAGUCAAAAACGGCUCGUUAAGAAUCGAUCAGGUCAAGUUGCUUUUCAGUUUACACCCGAGAAACGGAGAACCUUUGGAUUUUAUCGCCUAUGAAAACAAAGAAUCCCAUAGGUUAAUAGAAGAAUUCAUGCUGCUAGCAAACAUAUCGGUGGCGAGAAAAAUCAGCGAAACUUUCCCAGAUAUCGCAUUUUUACGAUGCCACGAGCCUCCCAAGUUCACCAUGCUCGCCGAAGCUCAAAAAUGCUUGGAAACCUGCGGGAUACACGUGGAUAUAAGUUCUAGCGGCGGAAUUCAUUCCAGCUUAAGGAAAUAUAUUACUGAUGAUUUUGAAGGUUUAUGUAGAGGGGUGGUGUUAAAUCAUGUUUUUGCCAAACCUAUGACGCGCGCGCGAUACUUUUGCGCGGCAACUAUGGAUACUGAGGAAGAAUAUGCGCAUUAUGCGUUGAGUGUACCUAUUUAUACACACUUUACUUCGCCGAUAAGGAGAUAUGCGGAUAUUAUGGUGCAUCGGCUAUUGUCAGCCAGUUUGGGAUAUUCGGAUAAACCAAAGUGGAAUAUUGAUCAUGUUGCUUCCGUGGCUGCCAAUUGUAAUAAGCAGAAAUAUAACGCCAAAAGAGCCGGAGAGGCCAGUAGCGAACUCUAUCUGGCUCACUAUAUAGAGAAAAAUCAACCCUAUAUCCAAGACUGUGUAGUAGUCGACGUAAAAGAGAGAUCUUUCGACGCCAUAGUGCUUAAGACCGGCAGUGUCGUUCGUGUAAAUCAAAAGCUAUGCCAAGACAACCCGAAAUGGAAAAUUCAGCCCAUCCAAACUGCUCCAGCGCACUCGGACAAACUGGGACACGAAAAAAAAGUUCUUAGGCUGAUAAUAGAGUUUCCAAAAACGACACUUUGUCCGAUAGUGCAACAGAAGGUUGUGGAAAUGUUCACUGUCCUAAAAAUUCGAUUAAAAAGGGUUCCGAAUAGUUCUAAACUGGAACCGUAUCUUCUUAGACCGAUAAUGAGUCUGACUUUCGAAAGGAAUGAAAAUAGUGCGCCUAGUGGCAUCCAGUGAGGAUCUACAAAAUGACUUGACGAAGCAAAAAAAAGGGUUUUAAAGAAGAAAUAUUUUUACGGAUAUUUACUCCCCGUUUUGUGAUACUAAAAGUUCUAUUAUUAUUAUGAUUAUUAUUGUCUUUAUAUUUAAAUUCGCAUAUUAUAUACAUAACGAUCAUUUUAUUCUUAAGAAAUUUUACCGGUGUGGACAAGAGCUAAAUAAUAAAUCAAUUUUUUUAAAAUGA